AACACCUCCUUUGACUCUCUUCUCUUCUCCUUCGUUUCAUUCUCUCUCUCUCUCCUCUCUAUAUCGACUGCGAUUUCAUCGCAAAAAUUCCAGGCGCUGUAAUAGAGAAGAGAGAGAAGAAUAUCUCAAUCUUUCAACAAAAAAAAUUUCAAAAUGUUACGGAAAUCACUGCAAAUUAUCCUAAUUCUAGGGUUUUUGCUAAAUCUUUCUCAAUCUCUACGAUUUGAUCUUCUAUCAGGCCAAACAAAAUGCAUUUCCGAGGACAUCAGGACUAAUUCCAUGACCGUUGGAAAGUACCACAUCGUCAAUCCCAAUGAAGGAAUUCCGUUGCCAGAAACUCAUAAAGUCACUGUUCGGGUGACGUCGUCGUAUGGGAAUAAUUAUCACACAGCAGAUCAUGUUGAAACAGGACAAUUUGCGUUUACCGCAGCUGAGACUGGGGAUUAUAUGGCGUGCUUUUGGACUCCAGAACAUAAUCCUUCUGUUACUGUGACUAUAGAUUUUGAUUGGAAGACUGGUGUUGCUGCUAAAGAUUGGGGUAGUGUUGUUAAAAAGGGAUCGGUUGAGGUUAUGGAAUUAGAGUUAAAGAAGCUAAUGGAUACUGUAAAUUCUAUUCACGAGGAAAUGUUCUACCUUCGUGAUAGGGAAGAAGAGAUGCAAGUUUUGAACAGAACAACUAAUUCCAGAAUGUAUUGGUUGAGUUUCCUCUCACUUGUUAUUUGCCUAUCCGUCGCGGGCUUACAAGUGUGGCACUUGAAGAGUUUCUUUGAGAGAAAAAAGUUGCUUUAAGUUAGCUAACAAUUUUCAACUUUUUAUUUUUUAUUGUAAAAUUUUCUCGACUGUAAUGAAAUUGAAAUAGUUAAGCCACUUGAAAUAUCUACAUGUUUUCCUCUUUAAGAUU